AAGAUGAAUAGUAGAGUGUAUGAAUUGAGAGUUUAGAGUUAGGGUUUACAAGCUCCAAAAGGAGUAUAUAUAGAAGAAAUCUGUGUCUGGGCCUCUAAUAUGGGCCAUCCGGUUACAUAAAUGGACUGAUAAUAUAAAAGGCUAAUAUAGAACACCUGAAUAAUAAUAAUGUACAAUCAUGAAAAUGCUAUCAGCUGAGUGUACGUGGGCCGCUGUCCGGGCCCAAUAGUCGUGAGACCUGAAGUCCGAGUCUAUAUACUCCAUCAGGAGUCCCCCACUCCCUGAGUCGAGAGUACUCGAGGUGAAAGGGAGUAGAACUGUGUGCUGAUCUAUCAUCUGAUGAGUACACUUCGUGAAAACUUUUGAGGUGAACCUCCUUGAGGCGCUAAGUCCCCCGCUCUUCCAGUCCUUCACUCCUUGAGGUGAAUGUAGUGAGGUGAAGAGGAGUAGGGUAGUGUGUGUCGCGUGAUGUCUUCAAUAGGGGGCCGAGGGUGGACACCUUUUGUCCACGUUGGGGAGAUGCCUCGUUAAAAACCUCAUUAGGAAAAAACCCUGUGGGAAAAAAUCCUAAUGAGGGAAAAAGAGUACACCGGAUGCCCCCAAAAUGAAGCAAAAAGGGGUGAACCCUUCGGCCUAGGCGUGGAACUGCAACCGUCGGCAUCUGCUAAGGGGAUGACCAAGAUUGGUCCUCGUAUGUGCGUAGCUCCGCAUGAUAGGUAAUCCUAGUCAUCAAAUAAAGACGACUAAGAGAUAGGUCAAGUGACCGUCCAUAAUAUGAUGUCCGGGUCAUUAAAUAAAGUGAUUGAAACGUGUGCCCGAGAGGCCUAUAAGAAGUCCAAGCCAUCAAAUAAAGAUGAUCAGGAGAGACGGCUAAGUGGCCGGUAUGAUGUCAGCAUAUAGUUGCACCUAUGCAUUCAAAUAAAAUUGUUAUAAUUUCUUGAGCUUAUGAUUUGCUAUUAGAUUUGGGCCUAAAUUAAGUUGCCUCAAAUUUCCAAGCUGCAGCUCAAGCUAGGUUUCUAUGCUUAGUUGGAGCGUGGCACGCAUAAAGGACUGAACCUACCGCAUAAAGGCACACAUAACUCAUACAAAACAUAGAAACUACAGCGUGUAUUAGAUAAUAUUUGGAUUGGGAGCUUACUAUCCACACUCGUUUGACAUGACCCGAUGGCGCGAGUGUGUGUGCUCCAAGCGCCCGGUGUACGUGAGUGCUCGGAAUUUCAUAAGUCCAUUUUUUCAAUGUCAAAAAAUAUACACUAUUAAAAAAAAUAAUGAUAGUAAAUUAAUAAUCUAGCUCAACUUGUAACUCAAGUUCGUAGCUGGGAUCCGCUAGACGCUAUAUACGGGUCUUUUCACGGAUGACUCGCCCCUUGAGAUUGAAGUUUGAUGCUAUAUUAUUAAAUAUUUCAUUUAUGAUUUUUUUUUGCAUUUUGAAUCAAUUUAUGAUUUUUUUUGUAAGUCAUCUCAUCAAAUAUGUACACAUAUCAAUUGUAUGGUUGGAAUUUAGGAGUACUUAGCUUUUUGGAAUGGGCUGAAAUAUUUGAUGUGCUGCUGAAAUUUGGGCUCCCCUAAAUACUUAAACGAACCACAUAUGGCCUGGCCCAUUACGCUGACAACUCCCAAGCACAUUUACAGUUGACUGAGUCAACUCAAGCUCAUACACCCAAUCCUUCUGCAAAGAACAUCAAUAAGUCACGGUCUGGGGAGACGAGGAGAUACCUCGGUCACUGCUGUCGGUGGAAAUUGGGGCAAAUGGCAUUUCCGCAUUAAGACUAUGUCGUUCUCCGCGGAUGGACAUUGCUGGCCCAGAAAUAUCCUUGGUCUUCAUCUCUGAGUGUCGCCGGAGAGUGUAAAAGGGUUCCUCGGCACUGCUGCUGCUUGGGUGGCUUCCAGCGGGGGGCUGCUUGGUGAAGAGCCCUUUGUAUGGUCAUCGGAACGAACCCAUCCAGCUGCUCUGGUAAGGUGGGGUGUUGCCAAAGCGUCGGUUACGACCUGGAGCAACUGCCGGCGAGGUCCAGAGAGGCUAGAUCUGGAACGGCAAGCACGAGAUCUUGACUGCGAUGCUUCAACGUUGGUGGAGAGAUCUGGGGCAGCCACAAGCUUUUCCUCACACGGCGGCAUUGUGAGCUGUGAUGAUAGCUCUGGCUCAGGAGACUUCAAGGUCUGAGCCGUCGGCGUCAAUUCCGCGGAGCAGCGGCAAGCUUCAGCAAACUGCGGUCGGCGUCAAUUCCGCGGCUGGCGAUAUCUGUGAACGGGUCAACGAGUUCCAACGGCAAGUUCCUGUCGUGGCUGCUUGGCUUACAGUUCUGGCCGGCACUGGCAUCUCCAUUACAGAUCUCGAAAAUUCCAGACUUCUUCUUUUGGAUUUUGCAGAACACUUUUGGCUUGACUUUGGAAUAAAUUUCUUGAAUUUUUUGGGAGGAUUUCUCACUUGAUUUUUGCUCAAAACUCAAUUAAAGCACCAUUGAUGAAUUAUAGGGUAUCCAAAGUAUAUUAAUUAGGAGAGAUUGAGCUUAAUAAUGUGGAGAAGAAGAUGAAUAGUAGAGUGUAUGAAUUGAGAGUUUAGAGUUAGG